AAGCGACUUACCAGUGCUGCAAACGAUUCGGUAGAGCAUUACUACCUCCCACAUCACGCUGUCAUUAAGGAAUCAAGCACAACCACGAAGACGUAGAGAAGAUGUAUCGUCAAAUUUUACAUAGCCCUCAUGACCGUAACUAUCUGCGCAUCCGGUACAGAGAACAUCCUGCAGAUCCUAUAUCGACAUUUGAGCUACAGACGGUUACGUACGGCACAGCCUCUGCUCCAUUUUUAGCAACCAGGACCCUAAAAUAGAUUGCUCUUGAUCACAAGGAAGAGUAUCCUUUGGCAAUGAAUGCGGACAUGAACGAUUUUUACGUAGAUGAUUUGCUAACGGGUACCGAUGAUUUGUCCGAAGCAAUCGUUAUACAAAGGCAAAUCUCAGACAUGCUAAAUUCAGCUGGCUUCACGCUGAAGAAAUGGGCGUCGAACCGCACCGAAGCAUUGAAGAACGUUCCUUCUGAAGAUGUGGCGGUACAACUCACGCACGACUGGAAGAGCUCGAAACAAGUAUCCACGUUAGGCAUCGUUUGGGAACCGGCAACUGAUACAGUACGGUUUCGUAUUGAGAUACCACCUACAACACCCAGCAUGACGAAAAGGUUAAUUUUGUCAUAUAUCGCCAAGAUAUUUGAUCCCCUCGGGUUACUGGGCCCAACGAUCAUCAUCGCAAAGAUGUUCAUGCAGCAACUAUGGGCUCUCAAGAUUAAUGGAAAGGCAUAUGACUGGGACAGCGAGCUACCAUCGCACUUACAGCAUGAAUGGUCGAAAUUUCACUCUACACUAUCUUCACUACGCAAUUUGACAGUCCCACGGUACAUAUCGCAAUGCACGGCAACAAGUCUGCAAAUUCAUAUCUUUGCCGACGCAUCACAACUAGCAUAUGGUGCUUGUUGCUACAUUCGGGCUGAAAGCAUGGAAGGAGUAACCGUGCAGCUGCUAACAGCCAAGUCAAAGGUCGUUGCGUUAUCCAAUUCACAUUCCAUAGCUCGAUUGGAAUUAUGUGCAGCACGACUAGUCACACUCCUAAACGAGAAAGUCCAGCAAUCACUGAAAAUUUCUGCUACCACCAUCUGGUUGCAAAAAUUCAGCAAACGGCUGGAAUACGGUGUGAGCGCUGGUGGCACGGGCCACAUUGGUUAG